GGUUUAUACAUGUAUAUGUAUGUACUUUGUUACUUGCAAUCUGUAUACCUCGUACUUGAUUAUUCCUCCUCUUUCUCUCCUCGUUUCUAUAUUUACUGCAGUACCGCAUCGCAUCGCAUCGCAUCGCACCUCGGACCCGGAUCCGGAUACACAAGUGCCCUUGAUUAGCGUACCAAGCUUCCAUCUGCUUACACGCAGCCCAGCCCAGCCCAGCCCAGCCCAAUCCAACCCAGGCUAGCCUCGUAUCUGCAGUAGUAAUGCAGCAGUUAACAGUAGUGGUAGUGUCAUGUAAGUGUCAGUGUCAAUGUGAGUAUUUAUUUUAGCCGGGGUGUAGUUUUGCUGGA